AUGACCGGGCGUGGACGUGUCCCUUCUCCGGGGGAUGUAUCAAAAGGUGGGCGUGGACGUGUACCUUCUCCAAAGGAUGUAUCAAGUGGUGGCCGUGGACGUGUCCCUUCUCCAGGGGAUGUAUCAAGUGGUGUGCAUGGGCGUGGGCGUGGGCAUGCAUCUGUCCCUAGUGGUGGGCGGGGGUUGGAGUCAGGUGGUGGACGUGGGCGGGGUUUGGAGUCCGAUGGUGGACGUGGGCGGGGUUUGGAGUCUGGUGGUGGACGUGGGCGGGGUUUGGAGUCCGGUGGUGGACGUGGGCGGGGUUUGGAGUCCGGUGGUGGACGUGGGCGGGGUUUGGAGUCCGGUGGUGGACGUGGGCGGGGUUUGGAGUCUGGUGGUGGACGUGGGCGGGGAUUGGAGUCAGGUGGUGGACGUGGGAGGGCGUCGGAGUUCGGUGGUGGACGUGGGCGGGCGUCGGAGUCCGGUGGUGAACAUGGGAAGGCGUUUGACUCUAGUUGUGGACAUCAGCGGGGGUCGGAAUCUGAUGCUGGACGUGGGUGGGCAUCAGACUCCAAUGUUGGAGGUGUACGAGCAUCUGGAGCUAGUCAUGGUCAUGGAAGGGGCAAGGUUUUAGAGUUGAGUCCUGGGUUUAGUAGGACAUUAGGUCGAGGAUAUGCUGGGAGUAGUAGUCGUACUGGUAACGCUGAUCCCAUGGCUGACAUGCAGGGGGCAUUACGACAUCAACUGAGGGUAUUUCGACGUCAAAACGAGGACAUCCACCAUGAGGGUUAUGAGGGAUCCGAGCAUGGGUUUAACACAGUUAGAGAUCAGAAAUUAGUCGGAAACACCGUUUUCCGACCGAAUUCCGACAAAAAACUUGGUCGGAACUAG